CAUUGAUCUCUCCAUCCAUAACUUGGCCCCUAUCGACCUUCAGCCAUCUUUGACUUCGCAACAUGGCUACAAAGAAGAUAGCACCCACAGACGAUGAGCUGCUGGCUCAGCUCGACGAUCUGGGCAACCGGGCAACAGCGCGGCCCCCGAAACCCUCUGCAAGAAUAACGAAACAGACGCAGCCUGCUCAAUCGUCGCAGUCUGAACAAGACUUGCUGGCCGAGUUAGGGAACCUGGCUCAGCGACCUGCAAGUCGACCUGCUACGCCGUCACUCAAGCCCAACCCUCCUUCUGCUGCUGGCGUUCGAUCUCCUCAGCGUACAUCCACAGCCACCCCUCCACCCGGCCGGACGAGUGAAGAGAAGUCUAGCAAUGGUCAGCGGAAAUCUGGUGACAGUAUGCGCUCAUUCCAUCAAAGCUUUACUCCAGCAACAACCUCGACUGAAGGUUCAGCAGAAUCGGACUCAACACCGGAGCCCGCACCAGCAGCUGCGACCGGCGGAGGAUGGUGGGGAGGUAUACUAUCCACCGCCUCUGCUGCAGUACACCAAGCUCAAGCGGCGGCAAAGGAGAUCCAGAAGAAUGAAGAAGCACAAAAAUGGGCAGAUCAGGUUCGAGGCAACGUAGGGUUGCUCAGAGGUUUCGGCGGUGAGCUCAGAUCAAUGGCCAUGCCCACCUUCCAGAACCUACUCCAGACGAUAGCACCUCCUAUCUCAUCACAUGAACGACUACAAAUUCAUAUCACACACGAUCUGACGAACUAUCCGACCUUGGACCCUCUCAUCUACCAAGUCUUCAGCCGAGUCAUGUCGCAAGUGGAAGGUGGUGAUUUGAUGGUUGUGCAGAGAGGCUACGAAGCCGGGCCCAAGCGCGAUUCCAAAGAAUUAAGCCGGCCACUGGGUUCAUGGCAUGACGGUCCUUGGUGGAGAAGUGGUGAAAGACGAAGUAUUAAUGCCAUCAAAGGCGCGGUCGAGGGCAGCAAGCUCGUAAGAGCAUCCGCCGAAGGAUACGCUGAAGAAUACUUUGCGAGCAGAGGAGGUGUCGAACAAGCGGCCAAACGUGCCACAGAGACACUAUCCGAUUCAAAUCCCACCAGGGAUAGUGAGAUCUUCCUUGCCAUACAAGCUAUAUCCCAGCCAGUCGCCAAGGAUAUGUUCGUGGCAGCCCCAAGCUCCGAGCCAGAGGGUCAGGUCAAAGAAGCAGCAGAUGAAAAGAACGCGGAGGAGGUUUUAUUUGCUGUUUAUUUGCACGAUCCCAUUCACGGCAUCGCCUUCCAAGCUGUCUCCCAAGCACUUCCAGGACAGUGGAUUGAAUGGUUGGACGCACCAAGCGGCGGUGAAGGUACUUUGCCAGAGAGCAUUGAAGAAAUCAUUGCUAGUGGUGGAAUCGAUCCAAGAGAGUGGGUGAGCGAGUGGGUCGAGGAGACAUUGAGUCUGGCGGUUGGUACCUUGGCUCAGAGAUAUGUCGCUAGAAGGAUGGGGGUCGGUGAGAGCGGUGGCAGGAAGGGCAAGUUGAGAGCCGACUUGACUCAAGAAUCCAUGAUUGAAUCGGGUGGUGGUGAAGCUGCUCGAGCUGUGGCUGGCAUGUGAUGACUAGCGGGUCUAUUUGUUCCGGGAUAUCUGGUUUUCGGUAUACCAAUUGCGCGUUGCUGGAGUCUGGCGUUGCGAGACUGGACAGACAUGCUUCGGCGCCCUAUUUGAUGUUUUCGAUAACAGUCACAGACAGGGCCGUGCACAAUCGUCUU